GCCGGCCGCGCAGGGGUCGUCUGUCUGCUCCCGGAGAGUUAGGGCUCGGAUUCGAGCGCGCCGAGCGGCCCGAGCCGGGGCGCGGAUGCUGGAAGUUCACAUCCCGUCGGUGGGGCCCGAGGCCGAGGGGCCCAGGCAGAGCCCGGAGAAAGGCCACAUGGUGUUCCGAGUAGAGGUGCUGUGCAGCGGACGCAGACACACGGUGCCGAGGCGCUACAGCGAGUUCCACGCGCUGCACAAGCGGAUCAAGAAGCUGUACAGAGUGCCCGUCUUCCCCUCGAAACGCCUGCCCAACUGGAGGACCAGAGGAUUGGAACAGCGCCGGCAGGGCUUGGAGGCCUACAUCCAGGGCAUCCUGUAUCUGAACCAGGAGGUGCCCAAGGAGUUACUGGAAUUCCUGAGACUUCGGCACUUCCCCACAGACCCAAAGGCUAGCAGCUUCGGCUCCCAGCAGCACCAGCGGCCUGUCCUGGGCUUCCAUGUGGAUCCCUAUGUGUGCACCCCCUCCCCAGAGCCGCUGCCCAAUGUGGUGGUGGAUGGUGUGCUCCAGGGCCUCUCCAGCUUCAGGAUCAGCCCAGAUAAAGCCCAGCCAAACGAUGCCUGUCACCCUGCUCCUCUGCCACCUACGUCCUGAUCAGUCCAGAGGCCUCUAGCCACCUCCUAGGACAGUCAUAUGCCUUCAUCCUAUCAACUCCAUAAAAGGCUAGGUCCUCCCUUGGUCUGAACCCAGGACUUAACUACCCAGUGCCCAGCUGUGCCACAUCCCACUCAAGGCUCAGAACUUGGCUUGCACUGGUGGCUGGAGGUGGUUGAAUUUGCAUGUUCUUAGAGCGCAGGAGCCAAGGCAGGGUCAAGAAGAUAAGCAAUAAAGAUAAGCGCACAGAGGCUCACGCCUAUAAUCCCAACACUUUGGGAGGCCAAGGCAGGAGGAUUGCUUGAGCCUGGGAGUUUGAGACCAGCCAGUGCAACAUAGUGAGACCUGUCUCUACAAAAAAAAAAAAAAAAAAAAGUCAAUUUAGAGGUAGGCUAUGAAAAGGUACAGGUAUAUUUCUUCACAUAUACUGGAAGGUGGUGGCGAGGGGGGCAAAUGUGGAGGCCUAGUAUCCGGCGAAGUUUAGAAGCAGGGGGCAAAAGCUCCUGCCUGACUUUUCCUGGGUAGCUCCUGGGUCAAAGUUUCAGGCAGGAUCCCAGGGAAGGGGCAGGCACCCACUGCUGCAGGAGAAUGGCAGGCCUGUUGGGGUAUAGGCUUGGGGGAGGCGCCGCAGACUCAAGAACCAGGCCCACAUGUUA